CAACCUAAGCUUCUGUCUCUUACUCAUACACGACAUAUCAUAUUGGUAUCAUUGUUUUUAUGCUUCCCUUUCGGCCGAGACGAAAUGAGUGAAAAUGCGGUGGUCCCGAAGUUGCCGGCCGAGAAUGGUGUUCAUGUUUGGAGGACGGCGGUGGUUAUGCCAUUCAUAACCUUCGCUUUCGUGGCCGCUAGAUUCUACUGUCGGAGUUACGUAGUAAGGAGAUCAUUGGCUCUCGAUGAUUAUGUCGUCGCUGCGACGAUGGUCACCAUUAUCAUUCACGCAGUACUAAUGGCCAAUGCGACGUACCACGGUAUGGGUUUACACAUAUGGCAAUUCACACCAGAGCUCAAUUCGGAAUAUUACCUCUGGAUCGGCAUAUCUUCCGAGUUUUACGUGUUAAGCUUAGCCGGGUUUAAGACUUCAUUACUAUUACUAUACUUGCAGCUCUUCGGCGUCAACCGCAAGUUUAGGAUGGCAUGCUAUAUCACCCUAUUUUACACGCUCGGGUAUCUAACAUGCAACGCUCUCACCGAAUUCUUGGGCUGUAAUCCGAUCGCGAAGAAAUGGCAGUCGAAGUUACCGGGCCAUUGUAUAAAUACCGUCGCAGCGAACAUCGCGUACGGAGCUGGACAUAUGACAAGCGACCUUAUCAUCGCCAUCCUUCCCAUAGUGAUGGUAUGGAAAUUGCAGUUCCCGACAAACAAGCAGAAAAUUGGGCUCAGUCUCGCUCUAAGCAGCGGUUUUAUUGCUUGGGCAAUUGCUUGCAUUCGAUGGGCUAUCUCAACAUACAACAUGUUAAGUUAUGAUCGACCUUGGUGGGCUGGGAUCAGUUUUACCUUCUCGAUUCUAGAAGUCAACACAGGUCUCAUCUGCGCAUGCGCGGCAACAUUUAGCCCGUUAUUCAACGUUUUCACUUCACAAGUUAGGAAUUGGACGCAUCGAGCAUCGAUGAGUUGGCAAAACCACUCCCAAAGAGCGUCAAUCAGCUGGCGCAACUCCCGAAGUGAGAAGGAAAACCGUUCCUGGAGACCAAUAAGCAUCCCCGACGAUUCUGAACCACCCGCACCGCCGGAGCCCGCGCGCACACUGCGAAUGUCGAACGAUAGUUUAGAGGGUAGCGAGUUCAGCCUGGAGCCGAUUGUCACGGCGAAUGCCAUGCCGUGCACUAGCCCGGACGACGAAUUCGCCCACUACGAUCUCCAAGGGUUACAGGCGCUCCAUUCCGAUAAUAGGGGGACGGUAUGACAGGCUUAUCAUUUGGACGGCUUAAACAUUUCAAUUCGUUGAGCGAUUCAUCACGCCAUUAUCGGGAUAGGACGGAUGCGUCACGGCAGUCGAUGGUGAUUCCACCGGGAAUUACACCGCUACUCCAUAGACGCGUAUCGCUGGUGGAGACUUCAAGACAUUGAGAGACCCGC